AGUUCAUGUAUGACAAAACGGCAAUGAUUUCGUGGCGAAAAUAGUUUUCGGCGUUAUAAAUUAAUUAUUUGUUGUUGUGCUUAUGUUUUUGUUAUUGCCGAGUCAGUAAACUAUCCAGUGCAAAAUGGGCGUAGCAGUGAGCAAGUACAGUGAGCUGACAGCCAACGAAUUGCUGGCUCGGUUCUGCUCGUCCGAAGUGAUAUGUGCUAACGACCCAUUCUGGAACCAGAUGCUGGCCUUCAAUAUCAACCCUCCGGCUAAUGCUGAAGAACAACUAAUGUUCGAUGCAAGCACAGAACCACUACUCCAGAAGUUUCUGCAGAACAACCCACAGACUGGGAACCUUGGCUCCUUGGUGCAGGUUUUCGUGACGCGAGCUACCGAGCUACUGGCCGCGCCCAACAGUGAUAAUGUUAUGCUGGCGUGGCAGACCUUCAACGCUUUGUUCGUCACGCGGGCGGUCACCAAGUAUCUGGUCGAGAUGGUGCCGGAAUAUGAGCUAUGUCGGCAUUUGGACGAGCCACCUAAAAUGAGGAAUACUGGUUUGGACACGCCGCCCAAAUCGGAGCAAUCCCCAGAGGUGCAGACGUCCCCUAAAAUGAACGGCAGCGAGAGCAAAGUGGAGGUGCUUAUAGACGCGCUCAUUGGACUGAUCAUUGAUGUUCCUGUCACAGACAACACAUACUACUUACACUUGGAGUGUAUAAACACACUACUAGUGUUGAUGUCUGUAUACAUGUUCGCCGGCGUCCACGGGCAAGCGAGGCUGGUGGAGACCUCUCUUAUAUUCAGAACGCUCUUCCAAGGCAGAUACGGUAUGCACGCGCCUCUGCUAGUCAAGACCUUGCUUGGAAACUUAGCCGCCAUGUUGCCCGCGCCACCCGCUAUGUUUGGAACCGGAGCCAAUGGCGGCAGUGUGUUGAUUAAUAUAGCCUCCGGCCUAUGGAACAUGCUGACCUUCAACACGACCACCCGUCAAACCAUCUACUCCCACCCGCCGCUAGACCGCAGCUCGCUCAGCGGCCGGCUCAAGCAGCAGCACCCGCUCAGCAACCAGUCGUGUCUGCUGCUGUUGGCGCUGGCCAACCACUGCAUCGCCGACGCCAACCUGUACCGCGCCGCGCUACUGAGCAGCGCGCCCGCGCCGCCGGGUGAGGACACAGCACAGACCCCACAGAAGGACUCAAACGGGCCCGACGUCACGCCGCCUCGAAUAGACAUGGCUGCUCUCCACAAAGCUCUCUGUGCAACUGCGGGUUGCGAGCAUUCAACAUUGCUACUGUACGUUAUGCUGCACUCAUGUGACGCGUACAAACGAUACGUCAGCCAGGUCACGCAGAUCGACGAGCUGAUAAUUCCAAUCCUGCAAGUGCUAUACAACGCGCCUGAAAGCAGUUCCCACCACAUAUACAUGUCGCUGAUUGUGCUACUCAUACUAACUGAGGAUGACGCGUUGAUCAAGAAUGUACAUUUGAUUAUGCUAAAAAACCUGACUUGGUACACCGAGCGGUCAAUAUCCGAGAUAUCACUAGGGGGUCUCAUGGUGCUCGUCAUAGUGAGAGCGUUACAAUACAACAUGGCGCGAGUCAGAGACAAAUACCUGCACACAAACUGUCUAGCUGCCAUAGCGAAUAUGAGCUGUGAAUUCAGAAAUCUACACCCAUACGUUGCACAGAGGCUAAUAUCAUUGUUCGAGACGUUAACAAAGCGGAGAGCGAGGCUAUGUAGUGAAAUAGAAGGAGGCGAUAUAAAUAAUUUAGAGUUACCACAUCACGCAGAAGAAAAGACAGAAGAAGUUAUGGACCACAUAAACGUGCUAGACGAAGUACUAAGGAUGCUGUUGGAGAUCAUCAACUCGUGCCUUACGCAUCAACUGAGCAACAACUUGAACGUUGUUUACGCGUUGUUACACAAAAAACAACUGUUCGAACAACACAGGCACCAUAAUAUCACGCAGAAUAUUGAAAUGGUGAUAGGUUACUUCUCGACGCGUCUGCAGAGGGUGCAGGAGGGCGCGGGGGGCGACUUGGGGGUCACCGAGGUGCUGGCCUGCAUCAAGAAGGGCGCCGAGCAGUGGUCCAGCGACAGGCUCAAGAAAUUCCCCGACCUAAAGUUCAGGUACGUGGAAGAAGAAAGACCAGAAGAGUUCUUCACUCCAUACGUAUGGGGGCUCAUCACCAGCUGCGGAGGCGUGUACUGGGCAAGCGAAUGCGGCGCGCGCGCUGUCACCGAUCUACUAGCUUGCUGAUACAUAUUGAACCUUAAAGACAUUCUGUUUUCCUUUCUGUUUUUUUUUUUUUUAAUCUUUUUAUUUGAUAAAGGACUUUUAUCUUACAAAGACAUGCCAGUCCUAUUGUACCUAUCUACAUUAUUAUUCUGUGUUUUUAAUAUUAUUACAAUGUUAUUGUUAGGGUCUACGACUGAUUACCAUACCAUUCCUUUCUGUUAUAGUAUCAAGUUAAUUCGAACCGUAGCUUAAUGCAAUAAGAUGCAUUUUACACUGGCAUCUAAGUUACGGAUAACGGAUCUCUUGACGCACUAAUGUUCUAGACUAUCAAGCUAAUUUGUCCCGUAUUUCAAUGAGAUAAGAUUCCCCUUCCUCGGAUUAAGACACUCCAAAGCUAUAUGCGCAAGAGUAGAUUAUAGUAUCAAGCUAAUUUGUUCCUUAUGUCAAUGAAUUAAGAUGGAUUUUAUACUGGCAUCUAAGUGAAAUUUAGUGCGGCGCGCGCGCAGUCAUGGAUCUCUUGACGCACUGACGUUCUAGACACUAUCAAGCUAAAUUUACCCUUAUGUCAACGGAAUAAUGUUCCCAUUCCGUGAACUGGACACUCGAAAGCUGUAUGCGUAUGAGCAGAUUAUUGUGUCAAGCGAAUUUAGUCAUUAUUUCAAUGGUAUUAAGACGCAUAUUACAUCGACUCUGAGAAUGAUGCACCACAGACAUUAUUGACACUGCCCCCUCCGCUUCUUCUGUCAAAUAUAGACAAUUAUUAAACUGUUAAGUAAUAUAAGUUUGUUUUGUUUUAUUAAAACAACGACCAUACAAAUUAUUUUAUAUUUCCAUACAUCAUAAUGUAGUGAAAUUAGUUUUAAGGUUUUAUUUUUCAUACAUUUUAUUUAUCUGUAAUUUAAUGUUAUCACAAUAUUGUUUGCAUUUACAUUCGUAAAGGUUAAUUAAAGAAAUACCAAGCCAAUUUCAGUUUUUUUCAAUAUAUCUAUGGUUUAACCGAGAUAUCCUAUUUCUACAUAAAGUUAAUGAUAAAACGCUAAUAAAUAAAUAAACAUCCUUGGACAUUUUACAUUUCGCCAUCUAGUCCCAAAAUAAGCAAAGCUUGUACUAUGGUUACCAUCAAAUGGAUAUAAAAAUACAAAUAAAUGUGUUUAUGCAUACAAAUGUAAUAGACAAAAAUGUAUUUCAAACAUUUUACUCGGAAGAUUAAAUUUUUAUUUCACACCUAAGCACCAGCCGAUAUGAUGGUGUUGGGCACGCAUAAUAUUCAUGAUUAUAUCAUCCAGCUACAUGACUUCCACUGCUACUCAUAGACCACCUCCAAUGAUUUCAUAUUAGGCCGGUUGGAAGCGACCUGCAUCCAGCGCCUUCCUGAAAUCUUUUAUAAUAAUAUGGUCUGUCCUUGGGGGUGGACCUCCCAUAUUAUCGUAUCGUAAAUUAUCGUUGUACUAUUAUUGCUAAUUUAUUUUAUUGUAUUUAUAAACGAGAUGAAAAAUAAAACAUCUAAAAUUAGUUCACCCUACCAUUACAUUAUAAUCGUUAUCUAUCAUGGGAAUAGACACAUGCCACAGUAGAUCUGUGCACAUGCUAUAAGUGGUGAUCUCAAGUAGGCUGCUUUCUGGUUAAAGUUUUACUAUUAGUAUUAUUUCAAC